AUGCCAUCGCUCCGGCUACUCCUCCAAGUAGCGGUUACUGUAGCUCAGCAAACAUACAAUGAAAUGUCCACAAUUGACCUCUUUGGCAAUCGGAAUCCGAUUUUUAACUACAUGCCAAAUCCUGGCCAUAUCGAUCCAUCAUUACUGGAUCAGCGAGAAAAAUACAUGGACCUUAGAGAAGAGGAAGGAUGGUGGCAUCUUUUCCCAUAUGGACCACUCUACAACGAUGCGAAUUUGCUCAAUAAGCCGCAUCAUGAUCGACAAAUCGAUUUCGAUUUCGAUUUUCCCUAUUACGGCUUUCGUUUUAACUACACUAUGAUUUAUCCGAAUGGUCUUCUGGCUUUUUCCGAUCCUGAGUUUAUCCAACCUCCAUACACAUUCCCAAAUCCUCGAUGGCCAGAGCAAAAGGAUGCGUCCUUCAUUGCCGCGUUCUAUGCCGACCAAAUCUUUCAAUUCGUGGGUGAAAGAGGAAUUUCCAAUGUGUGGUAUAGAAUAAUUUUUCGGCCACGAGCCUUCGAAACAUUUGACGAGUGGGGCAGCCCUCUGAUGGAGACUGGAAGUCAAUAUAGCAGCAUGUUCGAGACGCAUAGAGAUCGCUACGAGAAAAAGAUGUGGGGUCGAGUAGAAGACACCUAUCUUCUGGAUAAUAUCACAAUGGCUAUUCGUGAAGGAAUUAUUGGUGCCAAUGGAUUUCGCGCUGAUUAUGCGGUUAUAGUCACCUGGGAGCGUAUGGCAUACGGUGGAGCACCGAAAGUUACACAGGUAAAUCGCUACGAAGAGGCGAAACGCUGGACAAAUACUUAUCAAGUCGUUUUGGCGACUGAUGAAAUAAGGAGCUAUAUUAUGUUCAACUAUGCGCACAUCAACUGGACUUCGUCAAAUACGGCCGGUGCCCUACAAGGAAGAGGUGGCCUCCAAAGUGCAAUUGCUGGGUUCAAUGCAGGAAACGGUACUGGAUGGACUCCGCUUCCUUAUUCUGGAGAAGGCCGAGUAAUUAAGCUGAAAGAGUUUUCUAAUGUUGGAGUACCGGGAAGAUGGCUGUUCCGAGUUGAUGAAGAGAUAAUACGUGGUGGAUGCAGUAACGAGAGUAUUGGGUAUUUGACGACGGCUCCCAUAGCUGCAACGAUGAUUGGCGGAGUUUAUGUAAAUGUCUCUGGUCCCUGUCUACGUGGAGGGGAUGUGGUCAAAGUGAUAUUUGAUGAGUACCAAGUGGAUUGUGUUAGGCUGAAUAUGCACAGAGCUCAAUGUGUUUUACCCGUCAACCGGAUGUACAAAACUGGUUUGGUGAACGUAAGAAUGAGCCGUGAUGGUGGACAAAGUUAUCCUUAUGUUGGCACAUUCUAUUUAUUGCAACCCGCUCUUGCUACUCCGGCCAUCAAACUGAUCGACAAUCCUCGAGAACUGCAUAAUAACUGGCGCAGCGCGAACGCUACGCGUCUCCGCCUUGAAUGGGCACCGUAUAAUUUGACCAAUGACAUGAAUGCAAUGGUGGAUAUAAAAUUAAUGGGAUACUGGGAGGACACUGAUGAUCAUGUUUUUGAAGAGAUAGGUACGAUCGCGGAAAGAACUUCCAAUGAUGGAUCGUACGAGUUCGAUCCACGAACAUUAGCCAGAACAAGCAUGCUAUUCGACUCAUGGAGACGAUAUUCCUUUGGCGGUGUCAGAAUUUCUAUUUCGGAUACUGAUGAAAGCACAGGAGUUUUCUGGAGCAAGCUUACACCAUUUGGAUGGUACUUUCGCGAUGUUUGGGAAUAUGAAUAUGGGAGAGAUUGGGCGCUGGAACUUUGCCAGGAUUGGUUCGAUUACGAUGGUAAGCGGGUAAAUUUUGCUAUGGAUCUCGAACCGUUUUUACCAUGUCCAUGCACUCUCGAUCAGGCCAUGCUGGAUUUGGGAAGAUACAUGCCGCUGAUCGGAUGCGAUCGCGACGGAGAUGCUUCUUGUGAGUACAAUAAGGGCUCACAGCAUUGUGUGAUGAGCGUCGCGUCAACGUGGACAGGAGCCGGUCAAGUUUGCUGCUAUGAUUACGAAGGAUGGCUGAUGCAUUCAGAUGACUAUGAAAACGCUGCACAUUUGAGAUUUUUCAGUCCGGGAACAGCUAUGAGGGCACAUCCCAUGGGUUCAUUCCCAUUCAAAAGACCUCCUUAUGUCCCUUCGUUGUCCAAUUUUCACACCGAUACAAUGGCUUAUGAGAAAUGUUGCAAAUGGGCCGGAGCUUGCGAGUUUUAUUUUUGGCGCAGACAAACCAGCGGCUGCCAGGAAUACAUACCGCCUGUGGCAGGGAUUGCCUAUGGUGAUCCACAUUUUGUGACCUACGACGGGACACGGUACACCUUCCAGGGGAAGGGAUAUUAUAUUCUCACAAUGAGCAAAGACCCUCGCCAUGAUUUCCAAGUGCAAAUUCGGAUGGAACAACCGCCAAAAACUGAUUGGAAUCAAGAGGUCUAUGCUUCGGUCAUUACUGGAGUUGCUGCUAGAGAAAAUCAGUCAGAUAUUGUGCAAGUUUUUGCGCGGAAAGAGUUUAGAAGGUGGCGCUAUCGUAUGGAUGUGGUGGUGAAUGGAAAUUAUCGUUUCUUCGAUACGCCAGAACUGAAGCUGCAAAGAUUCAGAGGCGUUACCAUACGCUCACCGGAAAGGAAUCAUAAUCAAUCCGAAAUUCAUGUGAUGUUUGAUUCCGGAGCUGGUAUCCGAGUGGCUGAAGCACAUGGUGUUUUAUCCGUCAUGACUCUAUUGCCACCAGAUUUUAACGAAACAUUUGCGUACUACCGUGGCUCAUACUACCCUGGAAAUGAAUACGACGAAGAUGGGAGGAGAUCUACGGUGCAGGAGGAGUUUAUCAACAGAAUUACACAACCAUCAACACUGCAGUACGUUGGAGGUGGACAACGAUAUGUUACUGUUGGCUUGUUGGGAACGUUCAACGGAAACCCUAUUGAUGAUUUGAUGUCUCCUGAUGGUCAUAUUACUGUAGUAAAUCAUCCUCCAUCAGAGCAUGACAACAUCAAUGCCUAUAAAUUUGGAUCGAGAUGGAGAGUUGACGGAUCUCGUCAUAAGCCGUUAUUCCAGGAUGAUAUCAAGCCGAUAUACAAUCCACUACAGUUUGGUGAUGAUAGGAGGUACAAUCCCGUCCACGACCCAUAUCGACUACAGUACAACGCUAGCCUAGUGUUUACACUUGAUGAAGUUAGGGUGGCCUGUCAAAACGUCUACGAAUGCGAGUACGAUUAUUUUCUUACUGGAAGGCGUGAAAUCGCUAUGAAUACACUGGAAGUGCAAAGCAAACUACUGGAACUCAAGGAAAAAGGCACACACAGAAGACAAUCCUGUGGAGCGUUACUGGUAGCACCAGGAGCUGUGAAAUACCCUCCAGGCAAUAAUUACUUGGAUGGGGUUACGGUAACUUUUACUUGCAAACCUGAAUACUUCAUACAUGGGACACCGCAAAGGACUUGUGUGAAUGGAACAUGGACACCGGGAUGGCACGUCUGGUGCAGAUAUCGCUCUGUAGAAAUUGGCCUAAAAUGGAUGACUGGCAUCUUGUCGUCAGUGGCAAUACUCCUUUUCAUAGCUUCUAUAUUCUUCGGUUGCUAUCUGAGACGUAUCGCACUUCACCCUGAGACUGGAAUAAUGUUCCAAAAAUCGGACCAAGGCUCAGUUCCGUCUAUCUCAUCCACCGCAUACUUGAUGAAGGAACCUAUGGAAGAAAGAGCUGCGUCUGUUGCAUCGCAAAGAACGAAAACGUCACAAAGAACACAUCAAGAGUCAAUUCUUCGACCACCUAGAUCACCAUUCAGGGCCUAUGAAAGCUCGGCUUAA